UCUUUUGUUUUGGUUUCGGUGGUGCUGACGGGGACGGUGGUGUUGCUGGGGACGGCGCUGCUGCUGGAGUCGGUGGCGCUGUUGCUGGAUUCGGUGGCGCUGCUGCUGUUGGGGUCGGCAGCACUUCUGCCGGAGGCGGUGGUGCUGCUUGAGGCUGUGGCGCUGCUGGGUUCGGCGGUGUUGCUGAAGUUGGUGGUGCUGCUGGAGUCGGUGGUGCUGCUGGGGUCGGUGGUGCAGCUGGGGUCCGUGGCGCCGCUAGAGUCGGUGGCGCUGGAGUCGGCGGCGCUGCCGCCAGAGUCGGUGGUGGGGCUGGGGUCGGUGUGGCUGCCUGAGUCGCUGGUGCUGCUGCAGUCGGUGGUGCUGCUGCCGGAGUCGGUGGUGCUGCUGGAGUCUGUGGUGCUGCUAGGGUCGGCGGCGCCGCUGGAGUCGGCGGCGCUGCUGCUGAAGUACGUGUCGGUGAUGCUGCUGGAGUCGGGAGCGCUGAUGCCAGAGUUCGCGGUGCUGCUGGAGUCUGUGGUGCUGAUGGGGACGGUGGUGCUGCUGGAGGCGGUAGCACUGGAGUUGGCAGCACUGAUGCCAGAGUCUUUGGUGUUGGUUUCGGUGGUGCUGCUGAGGGCAGUGGUGUUGGUGGAGACUGUGCUGCUGCUGGAGUCGGAGGCGCUGCUGAUGGGGUCGUUGGCGCUGCUGCUGUUGGGGUCGGGAGGGCUUCUGCUGGAGUCUGUGGUGCUGCUCGAAUUUCUGGUGCUGCUGGGCUCGGUGGUGCUGCUGAGAUGCGUGGUGCUGUUGGAGUCUGCGUCGCUGAUGGCACAAUCGGCGAUGCUGCCGGAGUCAGUGGUGCUGCUGGGUUCGGUGGUGUGGCUGGGGUCGGUGGCGCUUCUGUCGGAGUCGGUGGUGCUGCGAGAGUCUGUGGUGCUGCCAGAGUCUGCGGUGCUGCUGCAGUCGGUGGUGCUGCUGUAG